AUGUCUACCUUCCCCGUGGUCUACAAAGUGUUGGAUGAACAAGCGAUCGAUGCCGAUGUCUAUUUGCCGUUCGCGGAACAGAAGAGGUCAUCCCCAGCUCCAAUCUUGAUCGAUAUUCAUUGUGGAGUUUUCAUGCCCGGCUCGAGCAAAAUGGUGAACCGAGAUGAGAUAGAGGACUGCUUAUAUCGAGGCUGGGUGGUAGCUGCCCCCAAUCAUCGGCUCUGUCCACAAGUGACUGUCCUUAGAGGGCCAAUGCAAGAUUGCCGUGACCUUUUAGCGUGGAUUCAUAAGGGCGGCCUCGAACAGUCCAUCUCCUUAGAACAUCAACAGCUCCAGCUAGACUUGGAAUAUGUGUUUGCCUUUGGCCCUUCUUCAGGAGGCACACUGGCAUUAAGCUUGGUAGAAUACUUCUACAUAGAUACAGUGGGACCCUAUGAUGCUGACUGCUACAGGGGUGUGGCAUACCUCGACCGGUAA